CCAGCUCAUUCGAACUAAGGUAGCGGGCAGGAUGUAGCAUCCAAGCAGGAGAACUGCCCUGACUACUGCACUGACUGGCAUCGCCAUGACCGCAGGAUUCCUAGGCUGGUACCCGAUAUUGAGCCUAUUGUUGAUCCAGGCCAGGCUGCGCUGGGCAGGCGAGGUGAGAAACGAACUUGCGAUAAAAUGCCACAGAUCACAAGAUCAUCCCAUCACUUCACUCUGUUGCUUGCUCACGACACGGUCGAGUCAGACGACUACUACUAGGGAGAUCCAUUCAGUUCAGUCGAUGACCAGAGUUCAUACAGCUAACCAUACGUAUUCCUCAUGAAAUACACACUAGCGUCGUGUGUGAGUGUAUGUGCAGUAGUCCAACUGUCUCCCCGUGCCUGAUAGUUUGCCUUGGAGAGCAUCGUCAUUCUGAUCAGCACUAGUCCACAUCAGAGAACUGUCCGUAUCAUCUUCUAUCCGCUUACCACAGGCAGUACAUUGCUCGUGUCCGAGUCAGGAACAUCUUUACCUCGUGGCAACGUCCGCAGCGCUGUUCCUCCUCCGGCCUGUCGUGUCUGGUUCGGACGUGUACUCAGUACUCAGCUCUGAAGCCGAUUGUCUGGUUUCGUGCACGGCUCACACGAGAAACGCCUGCAACCAGUGCAGACGACUAGGCACGGUCAGUGCUUGAAGAGUGAGCAGUCUCAGCUGAAGUGGUUCGCGUCAGCUUGCCAAUCCUCGCCUCUCACGCUUGUGCCAAGAAAACCCCAUCAUCUGGCUCUCUGUGAUAUAGAACAAGCAAUCACGGAUCAUCCCAGUCUGACCAAACACACGUCUAUCCAAAGAACACCCGUUGCAGUUGCCAGAUUUCAGAAUUCGGCAGCCAUGACUUCUAACUGUAUUCCGAUGAUGGUGUGUCAAUCUGCACUGUUACUGUGGAUGGUACAACUUGCUGCGGGGGCAUCGUCCUUCCUCUCCGCUUAUCGUGGUUUCAGCUUGUUUCUGGACGACGCGGAUGUCAGAAAUGCCCUUCAUGGAGGUCAGAUAUCAAACGAGCUGAGCAUUUUCGAGAACGGCUUUGAGAAUCGCUGGCUGACAUCCAUCCUGUCCACUCCGCACGUGAAGCUACCGCCGUCCAAGAGCUCACUGGCAUUUACAUGGGAGAAUAGCGGAAAGUAUUCGUUGCAUUACCAGAUCUCUGCAAGGUAUCGCAAUGCAGUGCAGUCCAGUCUGGAGAAUGCCAGUCCGCAGCGCCACAUCUCUAUACCCUCGUCUGGACUGCUCUUACCGGAGAGCCGUCAAUCGUUUCACGCUGAAUUUGACUGCAUUCCGGAUACUGUUGGGAUUAGCAUACUGGAGGUUCGGUUUGACGUUGGUCAGAUGCUGACCACAUCGCUAUUCUUUCUGCGCAAUUGUACUGAAGAAUACGCCCGCAGACACACGGUGACACCAAACAUCUCCUCCAACAGCUACGACGACAGCUCUCUGGACUCCGUAUCACAGGACACGCCAUCACGCCGUAACAGCUCCGAUCCGGCUUGCCUUCUAGCACGCCGCUACUGUGGCUUCACUGCACCCAGUGACUGCCCUCAGGAAAGGGUCUGCAAGAGGGUGUGUCGCAUGCCCAGGAAGCGCAACGGAGAGCGCCUCGGUCGGAUAUGCAAUUCCUCCGCAGUGGUGACAGCACAGCUGGUGGUGCGGCGCUCACGGCGAGAGGGUCGAUGUGGCACGGUGAUGCACUUUGCCACACGCUACGCACAGAGCUACAGCAAGAGCCGCAACAGCUCAUACAUCGGCUUCUCGUCGUUCUCCGCUGACACGUUCCGCGUGGUCGUGCCGGAGGAGAUCGCUCGCUGCCGCUGCUUCGGCGAGUUGACAGCGGGCACGCAGUACAUCAUCACCGGUCGCUGGAACACGAUGAAGUCGCGGCUGCACCUGGACGCUGACAGCCUGGUCGUGCGGCUGAGACGGAAACUGCGCGCCUACCUCAUACGCACAGAGUGCUGACCAGGUGCGGCAGGCGAAUGAUUUCGAUGAAAUUUUACGGAUGCAACACCGGGGCGUAUCCAUUCAUGGUCAUUAUGUGCAUGCUGAACCUAGGUGGAAAUUGUUAGGGGGUGCACGUGUCCCCCGUGCCCCAUUUGGGUUACGCACCUGCAGCAUACCGCCAGUCCAACACAGCACACCCUCAUUCACGACUUAUCCAGGCUACUUAUCACGUACAUAACACCACCAUGGACACGGAGUACUAACUUAGCAAUCAAGUCGUAACUUUAUGAUUUAAUCCACGCUUUGAGAUUCUACUCUGCGACUAUUCCGAAAUUGUGAUGGCAUCGUCAACCAUGGCUGAUCUUAUAAUAUAUACUUCACACCAACCGUUUGAGCCUUCUUCACACUCACAGACCUCCCGUCGUCUCAUUCGCUACGAGACUUUGAGAUGACGAAAACUUGAUCUACGCAUGAAGCAACGCUCCCAAUGUCAUUCGCCAGCAACCACUUUCCUGCUUCUUUCACAGUGGAAACUGGAAGCCUUGAUAUCUAGCAUUCUUUUUUAACCAUUGUGUGAAUAUUGUAGCGAACUCCAAUGACAGUUUGCCU